AUGUGCACCAACAUAGUUUACGAGUGGCUGAAAGCGCUGCAGCUCCCGCAGUACGCGGAGUCCUUCGUGGACAACGGCUACGACGAUCUGGAGGUGUGCAAGCAGAUCGGCGACCCCGACCUGGACGCCAUCGGGGUGCUGGCGCCCGCGCACCGCCGCCGCAUCCUGGAGGCCGUGCGCCGGCUGCGGGAGCAGGAUGCCGCCGCCGCCGGCCUCUACUUCACGCUGGAGCCGCAGCCGCCGCCCGUGCCGCCCGCGGUGUCCGUGCCCACCGGCCGCCGGGGGGAGCCGUGUGGCGGCCCGGCCCCGGGAGCCCGCGGGGACCCCCGCGGCCAGACGACCGCCCCCCGCAGCAGGGAGCUGGUGAGCUACCCCAAGCUGAAGCUGAAGAUCAUGAUCAGGGAUAAGCUCGUCCGCGACGGCAUCCACCUGAGCAAGCCGCCGUACUCCCGCAAGGUCCCAAUGGCUGGCAUCCUAGAGUACUUAAUGAAUUGGCCGAAGUCAUCACAGAGCCGCUAGAUAUCAUUUUUGAGAACUCGUGGAGGACUGAUGAGGUGCCUGAAGACUGGAAAAGGGCAUAUUUAGAACCUUCUUUCAAAAAAGGGACUGGAUGAUGACCCUGGAAAUACUCAUCAGCUUAACUUUUUGCUUGGAAAAAUUCUGGAAUUAUCGACUUAGUAUACUGGGUAACUAACUUACAACAGCUAGAAAUGAGGCAGUGAAACAUCACAUAAAGAAGAACGAAGUUCAGUUUUGAGAUAA